GCUCCACUUCGCUCAGCUCCGCUCCAGGAAGGCCACCUCCUCCCUGCCCUCCUCCCCCCCCCACCCCUCCUGCUGUCACCACUCACCGUUCACAGCCUCGAGGGGGUGGGGACCCCAGGGCUGGACACACCACACCAGGGCCCCAGAGCCCAGCUGGUCGGACGGUCGCACGGUCGGACGCAGGACCCCAGAGCCCCGAGGUGGGCAGUGUGCCAGGGUCCCUCACAGCUUCCUCAAGCCCCAUCCAGGCUAUGGGCAUCAAGACAGCCUUGCCCGCGGCAGAGCUGGGCCUGUACUCCCUGGUGCUGAGCGGGGCCCUAGCCUAUGCUGGCCGGGGCCUCCUUGAGGCUUCACAAGGUGGGGCCCACAGGAGAGCCUUCCGGGAGUCUGUGCGACCCGGCUGGGAGUACAUUGGCCGGAAGAUGGACGUGGCUGACUUCGAGUGGGUGAUGUGGUUCACCUCCUUCCGCAACGCCAUCAUCUUCGCUCUCUCCGGACACGUGCUGUUUGCUAAACUCUGCACUAUGGUUGCCCCCCAGCUCCGCUCCUGGAUGUAUGCUGCGUACGGGGCCCUGGCGGUGGUGGGCACGAUGGGCCCUUGGUACUUGCUGCUGCUGCUUGGCCACUGCGUGGGCCUCUAUGUUGUCUCACUCUUGCGCCAGCCCUGGCUCUGUCUCGGCCUCGGCCUGGCCAGCCUUGCCUCUUUCAAGCUGGACCCCCUCAUCUCCUGGCAGAGCGGGUUUGUAACAGGGACUUUUGAUCUUCAAGAGGUGCUGUUUCACGGGGGCAGCGGUUUCACGGUGCUGCGUUGUACCAGCUUUGCGCUGGAGAGCUGUGCCCACCCUGACCGCCGCUACUCCCUAGCUGACCUGCUCAAGUACAAUUUCUACCUGCCCUUCUUCUUCUUCGGGCCCAUUAUGACCUUUGAUCGCUUCCACGCUCAGGUGAGCCAGGUGGAGCCGGUGCGGCGAGAGGGCGAGCUGUGGCGCAUCCGGGCCCAGGCGGGCCUCAGCGUGGUAGCCAUCGUGGCCGUGGACAUCUUCUUCCACUUCUUCUACAUCCUCACCAUCCCCAGUGACCUCAAGUUCGCCAGCCGCCUCCCGGACAGCGCCCUCGCUGGCCUAGCCUACUCAAACCUGGUGUACGACUGGGUGAAGGCGGCCGUCCUCUUCGGCGUUGUCAACACCGUGGCGCGCCUCGACCACUUGGACCCGCCCCGGCCUCCCAAGUGCAUCACAGCGCUCUACGUCUUCGCGGAGACGCACUUUGACCGUGGCAUCAACGACUGGCUUUGCAGGUACGUCUAUGACCACGUUGGUGGGGAGCACUCUGCGGUGAUCCCAGAGCUGGGGGCCACUGUGGCCACAUUUGCCAUCACCACUCUGUGGCUCGGACCUUGUGAUACUGUCUACUUGUGGUCAUGCCUUAACUGCUUUGGCCUCAACUUUGAGCUCUGGGUACAGAAGCUGGCAGAGUGGGGGCCCCUGGCACGAAUUGAGGUGAGCAAGGAAGGUCUGGGGCUGGGUUGUCUGGGACACUGGAGGGGGUGGCACUACUGCUCUCUGGAGUCUUCCAGCCACACUUGGCUCCCAGUCCAGAACUUUCUCACCAUCACCCCCCUCCGGGUCGUCGGGCAAUGGCUCCCUCUGUGGGUACCUGGUGCUCCCUUCCCUUCUGCAGGGUCGGGGGGCACCCGGGCCUGGCUGUGUUGUUCAGGCCCUGCCCUCUCUCCAGAGUUCAGUUUCCCAUCUUUUAACAAUGAGGGAGAGCUGAGCGGGGACUCUCAGGGACACAGGCAUAUCCCCAGGACCCAGGUGGCCACAUAGGCAAGGCCUCUGACCCGCCACGUCCUCUUUCCCCUGGGCCUCUUGCCUCACUGCCUAUGUUUUCCUGG